AUGACUCGAUUUCUCCUAGCGUUGUGCGGAGUGGCACCGAAUCAUAAGAUCACCUCUUUCGAAGAGGCAAAGGCAAUUGAUCUGAUCAACGAGCGGAUGCCACCGCGACACGAUUUAAGUUCAGGCAGCUCGACAAAUUCUGCGCGCACACGCACAUCCUCCUCUUGCUCCUGCUCGCAUCACCCCGCUACGGCUAUUUCCACCUCCGGAAAGCAACAAAAUAGCAGUGGGAAUAGCAAUAAUAACAACGGGGAACGAUCAUCUUCUUCAUCUCAGUACCACCAUCGUCAUCGCAAGUCGUCUGGCAACACGCCUGAGAAGAUCGGUUCUAGUGGCGUUGCGGAUCAUCGUCAUCGCCCCUCCGGCCUCUCCACCAAUUCCUCCGCCUCCUCCUCUCCUCGAACCUCCAACGCUACCGCUACUGCUGCUGCUGCCGCC